UCGUGCGUGUGUGUACAUUAUAGUGCACUGCCACUGGAGAGUCGCGCGGCGCCCUGCACAUUAUACACAACAGAGGCGAUUGUUUACCUCGAAACGCUUUAUAGUGUGUGUAUACACACGCAGGCCAGUGACAGUUCGCUGCACCUCACGCGCGCUCCACUCGAGGAAUCGCUUUAACCACACUGCACCCCAAUCGUAUUAGGGGUUUUUUUUUUCUCUGUAUAUAUAGCCUGGACAUUUUUUGGUGACUGCAAAGUUUAUAGUAUAUAACAGCGCCUCAACGUCCAAUCGUUCCUUCGGACUCGUCGAUUUUUAUUUUUCCUUUUCUUUUCUUUUUUUUAUGAUUAAUUCGUUCUUCGUCGCGUUCGUGGGAGUUCUUACUCGUCGUCGUCGACAACAUCAUGAGUUUACUCGACAAGCAGACCGCUGAUACCCGCGACAAUGGCGCGGCGGACACGACCACCACCAGCAAAGCCGUCGACGAACCCCAAGGUGUCUCGCAGGAGUCGACGGGCAUCACCCCCGAAAUGGUUCUGGGCUUUACAUCCAUUACCGAUUCCUACUUGUGCACGCCCGAGGCCAAUACCUACGGCAUCGACUUCACGAAAUUUCACAUUCGCGACAUCGACACGGGCCUGACUCUGUUCGAAAUCGCAAAGCCACCCGUACUGAAAUCCGACGCGGACGGCGAGAAGAGCGGCGGCGAACGCGUCGCGCCCCCGACGGCCGACGAGACCAAGGACUCCAACGCCGGACGAUACGUGCGUUAUCAGUUCACGCCACAAUUCUUGAAGCUGAAAAACGUCGGAGCCACGGUGGAGUUCAUGACGGGCUCGAAGCCCAUCAGGAGAUUCCGCAUGAUCGAGAAGCACUACUUCAAGAGUCAGCUGCUCAAGACGUUCGACUUCGAGUUCGGAUUCUGCAUACCCAACAGUCGAAAUUCCUGCGAGCACAUUUACGAAUUUCCCGAGCUGCCGGCGGAAUUAGCUGCCGAAAUGAUUGCCAAUCCGUUCGAGACCAAAUCGGACUCGUUCUACUUCGUCAACGACGAGCUCGUGAUGCACAACAAAGCGGACUACGCGUACAACGGCGGCCUGGAGCAAAAGGAAUGAACUCUCGUCAUGGAUUUUUCUAAAUGAAACAACUUGGAACGUUGGCUCUAAAGAAUGUAAUAUCAUUAAAUCAAUUUAUUACUUUGUACAUACUAUAUAUAUAAUUGUAUAUUCAUCACAUAUAUACUCAAUUUAUAUCACGGGUGAUAUAAAAUAAUUUUUCCUUUUCUUCUUUGUAUAAAUAAUUUACAAUUUUAACUUUGUAUUUAUAUUUUACAAAGUUUUGGUACAUCACAAGUAAACGAUAGCAGCUGCUAUCAAAUCUACACAA